AUGGAUGAUGAUGCUCGCGCAGAAUGGGUUCUUCGUAUUCUUCAAUUCAUCACCGCUCCUAUCGUAAUUCCAGCCCUUUUUCUGCUGAGACCAUACCACAUGGCCGUAUUUACUCUUUUCAACCGCAAAAAGAUGUUCAAGAAAACGACGCCACUGAUGACCAAAAGAAGAGAAGAAGCACCGCUUGCCGUUCGACCUCUGUAUCCAACAAAUCCGACCUAUCCGCCGACGGAUCCGACUUUCCAGACAGAUCCUCCGCAGUUACUAUAUCCACCGGCAACGCCCUCUCAGCUUUCUAAAUCCGCCGAGACAGACGACAGUAUUAGUGCUUGA